GAGUUGUUUGUUGCCGUGUCAUCCUUCCCAUCAGGAAAAAAAAAUAAGCUCAAUAGUCCAAGUUCAGCCUUCUUUGCCUUGUCCUGAUUCUUCAUUGUUCAGGAAAAAGCUUUUGACGAUAUAGACCGAAUACAUUGAUCAUCAUGCCCUCCUCAAACACGCCUGUUGAUCCUAAUCAGACGAUCUAUAUCCGCAACUUGAACGAUAAGAUCAAGAAGAAUGAACUGAGGCGUUGUUUAUACUGCCUAUUCUCCGCAUAUGGCAAGAUUAUUUCAAUUGUUACAUUGAAAACAAUGCGAGAACGUGGUCAGGCUUUCAUUGCUUUUGCAGAUAUCGUCUCCGCAACAACUGCAAUGCGUGGACUCCAAGGAUUCAACAUUUUUGGCAAAUCAAUGGAAAUCCAAUACGCAAAGACAAAAUCAAAUGCUAUCGCUAAAUUGGAUGGUACAUACAAGCAACCUCCAGUGAAGAAGACGGGUGCAGGAUCCACAGAUCAACCAACAGCUGGAAUGUCUGGAUCUUCAUCAAAUCCUAUGAAACGCGAACGAGAUACCGGCUCGGAUUCUGAUUCAUCAAUGUCAGAAUAAUAAGGAUAGGAAGAAAAGCAGGAAGAAAAGCAGGAAGAGAAAAGUAGUCAGAGUAGUAAUGAAGAAUGGUUUAGGAGAAUGACAUUACCUGAGGAAAGAAAGAAAGAAAGAAAAAGAAAAAGAAAAAAAUAGUAAAAACUGGACGAAGGAUAUCCAUCGGCCAUCCUGUACAAUAAUAAUAUAACCAACA